AUGUUGGUUUUGGAUAAUGUUGAUGGAAGACAUUUUGACUCCACACAUCACUGUCAAUCUCUCCACCCAAUAUAUGUAGAAACUUUAGCAAUCUCAACUUUAAUACGGUCAAAGAAAUCAUUUAUCAUGUUGAUCGUGUUGAUUCUUUGGUGUAUAUUAGUCGACGAUGCUUCAGCAUUGAGCAGGUCUAAUUUUUUUGAAGUUGAUUCAGAUUAUGCAAAUAUGUUAACCACUAGUGCAACUGAAAAUAUCGACGAUGAUAAUAAAGUGUCUAAUUAUUCAUCAGAGGAAUUUAGAUUACCACGUACAUUGUUUCCACACUUCUACGAUUUGUCAAUUCAAGUCCAUUUGCAUGAUGACAAGUCAGAAGGCUUUUUUUUCAACGGAUCUGUGACAAUAAAAGUUUUCUGUAAUGUGUCGACAAACGAGUUCUUCGUACAUGCAUCUGAUAAUCUGAAUGUGAGCUUGGAUCAAAUCCAUAUGUCUCUUCUUCAUGAACAAAAUCAAUCAAGCUCUAUUAUUGAAAUAGAAGACGUUAAGUAUUUUGAAAAUGCUGAGUGCUAUCGAAUUAAACUCAAAACGCCUUUGCAACCAUAUACUUAUUACAACGUGACAUUUGGACAGUUUCGUUCUGAUAUAGACCAUGAUUCUGAUGGACUGUAUAUUAGCAGAUAUUUGGAAAAUGGAACCUACAAAUAUUUGGCAAGUACUUACAUGGAGUCAAUUUAUGCAAGGAAUGUAUUUCCAUGUUGGGAUGAGCCGGAAUUUAAAGCAAAAUUCAAGGUCAAUAUUGUACGUGAUGAAAAUUUCCAUUCUCUUUCGAACAUGAAUUUGGAAAGUACGGAAGUGUUGUACGAUAAUUGGCGUGUCGACAGAUAUAACACCAGUGUGAAAAUGUCCACAUAUUUGUUGGCAUUCGUAGUUUCACAGUUUUCGAAUAUUCAGAGGACAGAUAAUAGAGGAAGAAACUUCACUGUUUGGGCAAGACCGGAUAAAAUUCGAUCUGCUGAAUAUGCACUUGAUAUUGGCAUAAAAUUAUUGGAAUACUUUGAAAAUUAUUUUGGUAUUCCCUAUUCACUUCCUAAAAUGGAUAUGAUUGCGAUUCCUAACUCUUCAAUAUUGGCAAUGGAAAACUGGGGUUUGAUAACUUAUAAUGAACAUUUAAUGUUAAGAAACGCAGAAAACGGUUCAAUAGAUACCCUAAUCGAUAUGACGUUCACUGUCUCACAUAAACUUGCUCAUCAGUGGCUAGGAAACUUAGUGACAAUGAAAUGGUGGGAUAACUUGUGGUUGAACGAAGGCUUCGCGUCAUUUUUCGAAUACAUCGGAGUACAGUUAUUACAUCCUGAGUGGAAAGUAAAUGAACUAUUCAUACUGGACGAAUUGAUGUUUGCACUUGAUAUUGAUACUGCGAUGGAAUCAAGACCAGUCAUUUAUCCAGCUAAUACUACAACACAAAUUAAAAGCAUGUUUGAUUCAAUCACCUAUGAUAAGGGUGCGUCCUUGGUUUGGAUGAUGGAAAAAUUCAUGGGCCGUAGUGCGUUUCAAAACGGUUUAAAAAGAUAUUUAAUUCAAAACCAAUAUAAGAACACAGAUGAAAAGGAUUUGUGGAAGGCAUUAUCUGAAGAAUGGAAUACUCAAGGAAAUCAUUUAGACAUUGGAUUCAUUAUGGAUUCUUGGACUAAACAAAGGAAUUAUCCACUAGUGAUUGUAAAAAGAAGUGGGUCGAAUGUGUUCUGCUUUGAGCAGAUGCGUUACUUGCAACAUUAUGGCAACGAUUCACUUCGAACUAAUCAUGAAAACUCCUGGAUAAUACCAAUCACUUAUGGGUCAGCAAAAACGGUGAACUGGACAAAUGUUGAUAUUGUUUGGAUGGUGAACAACACAAUGAAUCAAACAAUUAAUAUAAGCUCAGACGACUGGUAUUUGGUGAAUGUAAAACAAGGAGGAUUCUAUCGAGUUCACUACGCUGACAAUAACUGGAUGCUAUUAAUCAACCAAUUGCAAAAGAAUUUCACGGCUAUUCCAGUUUACUCACGCGCACAAAUCUUGAAUGAUUUAUUCAGUCUUGCAAAUCGUCAUAUCGUACCGUAUACUCUUUUCCUGAACGCGACAAAAUAUUUAAACCGCGAAGAUCAGUUUAUUGUAUGGAUAACAGCUAGUCGAGCGCUGCAUUAUAUUAAUAACGUGCUUGCCCUGAAUGAGAACUAUGAAGUUUUCCAAGCAUACUUGCGGACUCUUAUCGAUCACCGAAUUCAAUCAGCGAAUUGGUCAUCUGCUGGUCAUGGUCAAGAUCUUCCAAAGAUACGUUUCGACUAUAAUGUGAUCAAACUCGCUUGUAUAGCUGAACAUCAUCUUUGUGUGAACAAAACUACAGAUCUCUUCAGACAAUGGAUGUCGAAACCCGAAACAAACCCCAUACGACCUGAGUUGAGAUUCACUACUUAUUGUACAGCUAUUCGUCAUGGUGGUCAGGAAGAAUGGAAAUUUCUAGAAAGUCAGUUGAUGUUGAAUGAUUCUGUGAACAAGGAGGAGAAUCAAAACAAGAUUCUGGCAUUAACGUGUUCUCGUGAUUCAGAGAUUAUGAAAAAGUACUUAAAGCGAGUAAGAGAGAACGAGAACUUCUGGUUUGCGCUUGACUAUUUCGCACAAUCUCCAGUCGGUAACCAACUUUUAUGGGAUCACCUGAGUGAUGUACAUAAUUUUAAUGAACAUAAGUAAGUUUAAAUUUCUAUUAACAGUGAGGAACCAAUGUCAUAUUAAUGUCAUGAGGUAGAUGGUGCUUUUUGUUUUCAGAUGUUUGUGUUUUGCUUGUGAAGUCGUAUAGUCUACAUAAUAUGUAGGAGAUGGAUUGAAUAUCAACAUCUUGGAAUGUCAGUCUGUAAUCUAGGAGAUUUUGUAGACUUUUCACUUAUGCUUUCACAUGUGAAAAAUCCCAUAGAAAAAUUCAACCUUUUGAUGAACACAGUAAUUUAUCUCAUACACAUUUUUCAGCAAAUGUAAUUUUAGGCUGAUUAAGAUAUCAAUACACAGUUAGUACGAGGACUAGUAAAUUAACUUAAAUAACUCAUAUCUGUGCCAUUUAGAUUAGGGAUGUUGUAGUCCUCCACGUCUCAACUCAGUAAAACAGAACUGUCUCGACGUUCUUAUUGAAGAUUCUGAAUUUCACGUUGGUCUUGUCUGAUGACCAACCUGAUUUCUUUGAUAGUUGGUGUAGUGACAUCUAUAGGAUGGUCUGUAAGUGGUGCUUCGAUAUCUGAUGGGUCCAAUGGAGCUGGCCUAUUCAAGAGUCCCUCAAAGUGUUCUGUCCAUCUGUUCCUAUGUUCUUCAAUCUUGGUGAUUGUCUUGCCUUCUUUCUCCUCGACUGGUCUCUCUGUUUUACUAUAUUUCUCUGCCACCAU